AUUUACUGAAUGUAUGUUUGAGUUGUGUUUUAGUCAUUCAGUCAUUGCUUCACACAUUGAGUCCACUCUAACGACCAUUCAUUCACUCAUUAAUCGCUUAUUUGUGUGCAAUUAGUGGACAUUUUUGACUCAUUUGUGCGCAAACUGUGUGUCUAUUGAGUGGUGAGUGUACUGACAGUGACAUCACGUCUCACGACAAUCACAGACACAUCCACUCAACCAUUGCUCGCAAUUAUCUGUUGAAUAGGUUUUGGACACCAAAUGCUCGCUGAGAAUGUCGUCUUCAGUCUCGUACCACAUCUCCAACCUCUUGGAAAAGAUGACGUCGACCGACAAGGACUUCCGCUUCAUGGCCACCAACGACCUGAUGUGCGAACUCCAGAAGGACUCCAUUAAACUGGACGACGACUGCGAGAAGAAAGUGGUUCGGAUGCUCCUCAAGCUCUUGGACGACAAGAACGGAGAGGUGCAGAACCUGGCCGUCAAGUGCUUGGGUCCGCUCGUCAACAAAGUGAAGGAGAUUCAGGUCGAGACCAUUGUGGACACCCUCUGCUCCAACAUGAUCUCCAACAACGAGCAGCUGCGCGAUAUCUCCAGCAUUGGGCUCAAGACAGUCAUCUGCGAGCUGUCGCCCCACUCGACGGCGUUGGUGUCCACCAUCUGCAAGAAGAUCACCGGCCGGCUUGCGAACGCCAUCUCACAGGUGAGCGCAUCCGUUGCGCCGACACUCUUGUUGUUGUCGUCUCGAUCUAACGGCGCGUUUUGUUUGUCACUCCCAAAGCACGACGAUAUGGGUAUACGUCUGGAAGCGCUUGAGAUACUGUCGGACCUACUGAACCGAUUCGGCAGUCUUUUGGUCUCAUUUCACGCCAACAUUCAGGACUCACUCAUUCCGCAGCUGUUGUGCCAACGGCUGGCCGUCCGCAAGCGGGCCAUCACUGCCCUCUCGUACCUAACGAUGUGUUGUUCGCAGGCGUUGUAUAACAGAGUCAUUGAGUUUCUCAUCGAAGAGUUAUCCGCAAACGUCAGUGACAUCAACAACGCCAAGACAUACAUCCAAUGCAUUACAGCCAUCAGCCGGCAGUCGGGCCACCGGUUCGGCGAACAUCUCGAGCGAGUGAUGCCUUUAAUCAGUCGUUUCGCGUACCUGGAGGUGAAGGACAAGAAGCAGGAGGACGGCGACGAACUCAAGGAAGUGUGUCUUCAGGCGUUCGAGUCGUUUGUGCGGAGAUGUCCUAAAGAGAUAUCAACACACGUGCCGACUGUGAGACCCAUUGUCACUAUCACAAACGUUUGCCUCAAAUACUUAUCUUAUGACCCGAACUAUAACUACGAUUCCGACGGCAACGACGACGAGGACAUGGAAAUGGAUAACGAGGACGAAGAGGCCGACACCGACGGCUCGUACAGCGACGACGACGACAUGAGUUGGAAAGUGAGACGCGCGUCGGCCAAGACGUUGGAGGCGUUGAUAUCGACGCGACACGAACUCAUUGCCGACUUCUAUCGCAAAGUGUCACCGGAAUUGAUCCAAAGAUAUAAAGAGCGCGAGGAGAACGUAAAGGUCGACAUAUUUAACGCAUACAUAGCGCUACUGAAACAGACGCGAACACUGGUGGGUAGUGGUGGCGGCGGCGGUGGGGCGACCGGCGGGUGCGACAACUCGUCGGAGUACUCGUCGCACAUCUCGACGAUAGUUCGAGAACAGGUGCCUUCGAUAGUGAAGUCUCUGCACAAACAGCUCCGCGAGAAGAGCAUCAAAACACGGCAGAGUUGUUUCCUACUGCUCAGCGAAUUGGUGAACGUAUUGCCCGGUGCUCUCACCGAACACAUCUCGAACCUGAUCCCCGGCAUACUCUACUCAUUGAGUGACAAGAAUUCGAGUUCAAACAUGAAGAUCGAUACGUUGGCCUUCUUGAACACUGUGCUCAAGAAUCACAGCCCAGAGGUGUUCCACAAACACAUUCACAUACUCUUGCCGGCGGUGAUCAAUGCCGUGUCGGACACCUUCUAUAAGAUCACGUCCGAGGCGUUGCUCGUGUUGACACAAAUCACGAAAGUUAUCCGACCGUUGGAGACGAACGCGAACUCGACUUUCAAUUUCGUGCCAUUCAUUAAACCGAUAUAUGAGUCGACUUUUGCGAAGCUAAAGGCCGCUGACAUCGACCAGGAGGUGAAGGAGAGGGCCAUCACUUGCAUGGGACAGAUAGUGUACACAUUCGGCGAUCACAUGCAAUCGGAACUGCAGGUCAGCCUUCCUUUACUAUUGGAUCGGCUGAGGAAUGAGAUCACGCGACUCACCUGUGUUAAGGCCAUCACCAAAAUCGCAAGUUCGCAAUUCAAACUCAAUUUGAAUCCAUUACUUCCCGAAGCGUUUCCAGUGUUGGCCUCAUUUCUACGUAAGAAUCAAAGGGCACUCAAACUGAGUUCACUGCAACUCAUCGACACUUUGGUCAAAAACUACCGAGAUUAUUUAAGUUCCGAAACGAUUGGAAUUAUUCUGAACGAAGUGCCGCCUCUUAUCAAUGAAUCUGAUCUACACAUCUCUCAGUUGACGCUAAAUAUGUUGACUUCACUGAUUCGCUCGCAUUUGGCGUUUCUGGCGAUAAUACCGCAAACAAUACUACCGGAGGCCCUGGUGUUGGUGCGGUCGCCGCUACUGCAGGGGUCGGCCCUCAACUCGAUGCUCGAGUUCUUUCAGGCCAUCGUUCAAAACAGUUUUCCCGGUUUGGAUUACGACGAACUGGUUCUCCGACUCACGCAACCCAUCACUCAACCCAAUCGCAACCAAACGCUACACAAACAGGCGUUCCAUUCGAUCGCCAAAUGCAUGGCCGCCGUCUCUGUCAUCGACGAGAGGCGGGCCAUCGGCGCCGUCCAGCAGCUCAUGAGCGACAUCUGCGCCCAACGCGACUCCGACGCCAUACAAGUGUUCGCUCUGUUGGCCAUCGGAGAGAUCGGAAAGACUGUGGAUUUGAGUGGCGUUAAAGAGCUGAAGAAUGUGAUUAUGGAGUCGUUUAACUCGACGUCCGAAGAGGUGAAGUCUUCGGCCUCUUUCUGCUUGGGAUCCGUUUCGGUCGGAAAUCUGGAACAGUAUUUGCCGUUCGUUUUGUCCGAAAUACAGAACCGCCAGAAAAGGCAAUACUUGUUAUUACAUUCACUCAAAGAGAUCAUUAGCUGCCAGUCGGCGAACCCGCAGACCAUUCGCGUAUUGGAACCCCAUUUGGACUCUGUUUGGAAACUACUGCUCAACCAUUGCGAGUGUCCCGAAGAGGGCACCCGUAACGUCGUGGCCGAGUGUUUGGGUAAACUGACGCUCAUAGACCCCACACACUUGUUGCCACUUCUGCAGCAAUACCUGCGCUCGGAGUCACCGCUGGCCAGGAGUACAGUCGUGACGGCCAUGAAGUUCACGAUCUCGGAUCAGCCCCAGAGGAUCGACUCACUUCUGCGCACAUCGAUCGGCGACUUCCUGAAGACACUGCAGGACCCGGACAUCAACGUCCGACGGGUGGCGUUAGUGGCCUUCAAUUCGGCCGCACAUAACAAACCCUUACUUAUCAGAGACCUAUUGAACUCAAUAUUACCCCAACUCUACAACGAGACAAAAGUCAGGAAAGAGCUGAUCCGUGAGGUAGAAAUGGGCCCCUUUAAGCACACCGUCGAUGACGGUCUCGAUAUCCGGAAAGCGGCCUUCGAGUGUAUGUACACAUUGUUGGACUCAUGUCUCGAUCGGAUCGAUAUUUUCGAGUUUCUCAAUCACGUGGAGGAUGGCCUCCGCGACCACUACGACAUCAAAAUGCUUACAUACCUUAUGUUAGUCAGACUGUCGACACUCUGCCCAUCGGCUGUUCUCCAGCGAUUGGAAGGACUGGUGGAACCGCUGAAGAGCACGUGUGCCGCCAAAGUGAAGGCCAAUGCCGUCAAACAAGAGGUCGAGAAACAGGACGAACUGAAACGCUCAGCGAUGAGAGCUUUUCUCGCAUUACUGGCCGUCCCCGACGCCGACAAAAACAUGUUGAUGACUGACUUCUUGGCCCAAAUCAAGUCCGCAGCCGACCUAUCGGUGCUCUACGACACUAUACAGAAGGACUCGACUGUCGCUAACGAUAUACCAAUGGAUUGCAACUGAAGAUCGCAUUUGGAAUCCAUUUGUUUUACGAUAUAUUUUAAACGCUUUCUCUAAUGUUUGUAAACCUAACCUAAUUUUAUGUUCAAUAAAAACUUUAAUAUAA